AUGAGUGAGGGUAGUGCUGGUCAAAUCCCGUCGCAAAAUGGGAACCAGCAGCCUCCGACUAACGUGCAGCAGCAGUUUCGACCGCCGCCGGUAGUGAAUGUGCCCCCUCCCAGUGUGAGUUUUCCUCCGCCCGGACAGAUGGACCCGUACUUACUGUGGUUCCAGCAGCAGCAGCAAAGUUAUGUUGCUGAACUUUUCCGGCAGCAGCAGGAGGUGAUGCAGCAGCAGCAGCAAUCGUUCAUGGCCCAGCAGGAACAGUUGAUACGGAGCAUCCUGACGUCGAUCCAGGUGCAGAUUCCGUCGAAUCCGGAGGCGAUAUUGGACUCGCUCGCCAGCAAUAUAAAGGAGUUCCGAUACGAUCCGGAAAACAACGUUACGUUUGCUGUUUGGUACAGUCGGUAUGAGGACCUGUUCGAGAAGGAUGCCAGCCGAUUGGACGGUGAAGCAAAAGUGCGAUUGCUGAUGCGGAAGCUGGGGAUGUCGGAACACGAAAGGUACGUCAGUUUCAUUCUACCGAAAGCGCCGAAGGAGUUCGACUUUCCGACGACGGUGAAGAAAUUGAGUGCUUUGUUUGGUGCAACCGAGUCCGUCAUCAGUCGGCGAUAUCGUUGCCUGCAGAUUUCGAAACAGCCGCAGGAGGACUACGUGUCGUACGCGUGCCGCAUCAACAAAUCAUGUGUGGAGUUCGAGUUGUCCAAGCUUUCGGAGGAGCAGUUCAAGUGCCUCGUGUUUGUGUGUGGACUGAAGUCGGACAAGGAUGCGGAAGUGCGGCUGCGGCUUUUGUCGAAGAUCGAGGAGCGGAACGAUGUGACGUUGGAGCAGCUGUCCGAAGAGUGUCAACGAUUGCUGAAUUUGCGACACGACACGGCGAUGAUCGAGGAGCACUCGACCGCCGUGAAUGCCCUGAGGACGAAUCAGCAGCGGUUCAAGAGUGGAUCACCGUCGAAAUUCCACCAGUCCGGUGUGGAGAAAAGUGGUUCCGGAUCAAGUAGCGGCAAGGCAAGUCCGGAAAUAGCGUGCUGGCUCUGCGGAGGAAUGCACUAUGCCAGGGAAUGCAGCUACAAGAGCAGCAAGUGCAACGAUUGUGGCAAGGUUGGCCAUAAAACUGGCUAUUGUAGGAGUGCAGCGAAGGUCAAGCCCCGGCGAUGGAAGCAAAAUGUCGCAUCGACGAAAGUAGUGACCGUCAACUCGUGCAGUGUGCAGCAGCGUCGAAAGUACGUAGCGGUCGGGAUCAACGGAUCGCCAGUGCGUCUGCAAAUUGACACCGGGUCCGACAUCACCAUAAUUUCAUCGGAAUCAUGGAGGAAGAUUGGCAGCCCUUCAAUGACCUGGUCGACGGUCGUAGCCAAGUCAGCGAGCGGUAGGCCCCUGCAGAUUGAAGGUGAGUUCACAUGCGAUCUUUCCAUUGAUGGACGAGUGAUGCGUGGCACGGUACGUGUUACGAAGGAGGAGCUCCACCUACUGGGUUCCGACAUGAUCGAUGUUUUUGGAUUGUGGUCGGUUCCGUUGGACUCCAUUUGUAACCGUGUCAGCAGUACUCCAGCCAGUGUGAGCAAGCUACAGGCCGAGUUCCCGCGAGUGUUCGCUGGUAGUCUCGGGCUCUUCAAGAAAGCGAAGGUGCAGUUCCAGCUGAAGACCGGAGUGACCCCAGUGUUUCGGCCGAAGCGUCCGGUUGCGUACGCGAUGUACCAGGCAGUCGACAACGAGCUGGACCGAUUGGAACGUGCGAAGAUCAUCACACCGGUAGAUUUUUCGGAGUGGGCAGCUCCGAUUGUGGUGGUCCGUAAAGCGAAUGGGAAGAUCAGGAUCUGCGGAGACUAUUCGACGGGACUGAAUGAAGCGCUGCAACCUCAUCAGUAUCCGUUACCUCUGCCGCAGGAUAUCUUCGCCAAUCUUGCAAACUGCACGGUCUUCAGUCAGAUUGACCUGACGGAUGCGUUUCUGCAAGUGGAGGUGGACGAAGGCUCUCGUAACCUCCUGACGAUCAACACGCAUCGUGGUCUGUACCGCUACAAUCGUCUUCCGCCGGGAGUGAAAGCUGCACCCGGAGCAUUUCAACAGCUGAUCGACACGAUGCUGGUCGGAUUGAAAGGAGUGAGCGGCUACCUGGACGACAUUGUUGUUGGCGGCGUCGACGAAGAAGAUCACAACAGGAAUCUUCGUGCGGUGCUGCAGCGGAUCCAGGAGUUCGGGUUCACCAUCCGAGCGGAAAAGUGUAGCUUCGGGAAGAGCCAAAUCUGCUAUCUGGGGCAUCUGUGCGAUCGGCACGGAAUACGGCCUGACCCGGCAAAAAUCGAAGCGAUCCAGAUGCUGCCUGAGAGAUCAUCGUUUCGGCGGAUGCUUCAUCGAUCGGCGUCGGCGCGACUAUCAGCCAUAGGUUCCCCGACGGUUCAGUGA